AUGGAUCGAGGUUCUUUGCAAAUAUUGUGCGAAUUAUCGAGAAAUCAUGGAGUACAGAAAGAAAUUACCAACCUGGGCGCCGUUCAACUUCUCGUUCGACUUCUAAAAGGCCCAGAACCACAAUUUCAGUGUCUAGCCGCUAAUACUAUAGCUAAUUUAGCGAAAGUAUCAAAGGCUAGAAAAAUAGUGAGAAUGUCUGGAGGAAUUCCAAUAAUGGUUGACCUGCUUGACGUUCCUAAAAGGUUGCUCGUCACUCCUAGAAUUAGUCUAACCGAACAUGAAUUAAAAAAAAACUAUCAGUAUGAUAUUCAACAUGAAGGCAUGAUAAAAGACAUGGUUCACUUUUUGUCUGCCGAAAAUGCUCAGCUGAAGAAACAUUGCGCAUCAGCAAUAUUCAAGUGUGCAGAGGAUCGGACAACGAGACGACUUGUUAGGGAGCAAGGAGGACUCGAAUCUCUGGUAGCAUUGGUUAAACAGGAUUCAUGCAGAUCCGACAAAGCACUCGUAUCUGCGGCCACAGGAGCCAUUUGGAAAUGUGCUAUGUCCUCUGAAAACGUACAACGCUUAGAUGAACUUGAUGCUAUCGCAGUCUUAGUAGAUCUACUUCAGUUCGAAGAUGAAGAAGUAAGAUUUCAUUGUUAUCCCCUUUUUUUACGCGUUUUUCCUCAAGAAAAUAAAAUCCUUAUACUCUGA